AUGGCCACCACGCUCCAACAAGCUUCGACUUCACAGUCUACAGAUCUGGAUUCUAGUCAAUGGGCCCCAGACCAGGAAACAGCCCUUCUCCGUUCAAUCAUCACCAAUAAGCCAGUCGGCAUGCACAAGCACUUCCGAAUGAUCGCCAUAUCGAACGACUUAAACCAGCACAGUAUCGCAACAAGCACCGCUCAGAUAUGGGCAAAACUCAACCAGCUUUACGACCUCCCAGGCCUGGACGAGCGUGAGGAUGCUGACAUCACCAACCUGGGAGACGAUGAAGGGGCGUACUGGCGUGACUUCGAACUCCCCGGAGCAGACUUCGAAGCGCUAAUGUGGCAGCGCCGGCUCAACCCUGACGAUAGUCACGGCAGCGGGAGCGAAAGUCCAGAAGCGGAGAGUGCGAGAGAGCAGAGCGAAGUCGCCGAGACGGAUGAAGCACGGAGCUCGCCUGUGCCGUCAGCGACUGGGCGAGGCGGGCGCAGGGGCAUGGCGAGGAAGAGUGGGCGGCUGACUAGGUUGGCGCAGAGCGAGAUGGAGGUGGAUAUGGCCACGCCUGGUAGUACGAAGGCGGAAAGCGUGGUACCUGAAGAUGAGGACAAGGUGAUGGAGGAUGCUGCGGACGAAGACGACGGAGCUAAUGAUGACGACGCAGACUCGAGUGAGGAGGAAGAGCACGAGGAAGAGGAGAAGAGAGGGACCACCACAAGACGCGGUCGUGGGGCACCCAAACGCGGCAGAGGCGGAACAGGUGCAAGGCGAGGUCGACGACGUGGUUGA